UUUAGAAGGAUGUCCAAGGUGUUAUGUAACAGAGACCUAAAAUUGGCAUUGAGGAUCCGCCUACUUCGCUGCUACGUGUUCUCGGUUUUACUUUAUGGUGUCGAGUCCUGGACUGUGAAUAAAAUCGAUCUAAAUCGCUUGAGGCUUUCGAAAUGUGGUGCUAUAGAAGAAUUUUAAAAGUUUCCUGGGUAGAGAAGAUUCGAAACUCCACAAUACUAGAACGUCCCAGCAAGACUACUGAGAUCAUAAAAAGCAUCAAGCAGAGAAAGCUGGAGUACUUCGGACAUGUAAUGAGAGGUCCCAAAUAUAGGUUGCUGCAAAAUAUUAUGCAAGGAAAAAUAGCAGGCAAACACAGUCCAGGACGAAGAAGAACCUCAUGGUUGAAGAACUUGCGAGAUUGGUAUGGUGUUGAUACAAGCAUGCUAUUUAGGGUGGCAGUGAAUAAAAUUAAGAUAGCUAUGAUGGUAACCAACGUUCUAAAAGGACAUGGUACAUGAAGAA